GAGAGAGAGAGAGAGAGAGAGAGAGAGAGAGAGAGAGAGACCCUGAGCUCCACAUCCUGAGCUUUUAGAGGCUGGAGGAGAAGGAGCUCGUGCACGCGCAGGAGGUGGACAUCACGACACGUCUUGCUCAUGUUCAGAAAACGUUCUCCGCGUGGAUGUGAAGCUCCGUGAGGACAACACACACACACACACAUAUACACACACACACACACACACACACACACACACACACAAACACGCAUCAUGGAUCAGUGAAGUCGGAUCGUUUGUUCGUGAGAUCGGAUCUGAUCGGGUUUGUUCCGUCGGCAGCUUGUCGCGCUCGCGCCCGUCGCGCUCCGUCUUCAUUAAGUCCGGGCGAAGUGACACGCGCGCGGAUGGAGAGGAACCGCUAGGAACCUUCAGGUGAUCUCUUUCUGAUGACGACCUGCACAGAGCUGUCACUUUUCUCAGGAGGAAGCUGCUGCUGGUGCUGCCUCGCGUUUGUGUCUUCUCUCUCUCUCUCUCUCUCUCUCUCUCUCUCUCUCACUCUCACACAUUCUAACAAGUGCUCACGAUUUCCACAUGGAUGCGUUUGAACGAUCGCCCGACCUCCACUGCAAUGUCAUCAUCCAUCACAUCCAUCACAGAAGUUCAGUUCUACCACGAGCACUCAUAUUUAAAGGGGUUUAAUCUUGCACCAUACAGGGUUCUUCAGUUGAUCUCUCUGGGAGAACCCUGGAGGUCCUCCGGAUCCGUGGUUUCCACUGUAGAAGGACAUGCUGUAGAGAGCUGUGGUUUUGGUUUAGCGAGAGCUGAACGUUAGCGGUGGUGGGACUUCAUUCAGGAUUUACAGUAAACAGAGCUGUAGUUAAAAAAAAGUCGUCAGAAGAACGCUGAGAAGAACUCCGUGCUGCAUAACAUAGACAUAUAAACCGUACCAACAUUGCAAUGAAGAUGUUGGACCUCUGAUCAUAAGGUUGUGAGUUUGAAAUCCCAGCACCUACCAAGCUGCUGCUGAUGGGCCCCUGAGCAAGGCCCCAAUGCUGUCAGGUUCAAAAACGAUGACAACAUCCAUCCUAAGGACGAAUAUGGAGUUAAUGUCUUUUGUAGAUGUACUUUAGGCACAAGUCUCAAUUCAACCUCGACUGAACGAUUGUCCCUUAAUUACGACAGACAGACAGACAGACAGACAGACAGACAGACAGACAGACAGAUAACUUGAUUUUUCCCAAAAGGGGGAAUUUAUGAUUAACGUCCAUGGAAAUUCAUGGUACAAGGAAGUGGCAGCGGGUAAGAUGUUAGACUUUUUUAUCAUAUGGUUUUGAGUUCUAAUCCCAGGACUACCAAGCUGGGACUACCAGCUGGGCCCUUGAGCGAGGCUCUUAACCCUUAACUGCUCUGUUAUAUAAAUGAUGCAAAUGUAGGAUGCUCUGGAUAAGAAGUCUGCCAAAUUUAAAUGUGAAAUUUCUUUUCAACUAUUACGAAACAAACAGUAUCAAGAACAUAAGAUCCAAAAUCCGUGAGUGUCUGAACGCAUCCCUAAUACAGAAUUACAAGGGGUUUUUCACACAAGGACUGAAUCACAGCAUCGCUCUUUUUUCCCAAUGAUUUUCUUUUUUUGAGUUUCUUUUUUUUUUUGAGUAGGCGGGAAAUCUCUACUUCAAAACCGAAUGCAAAUUUAGACUUUUAAAGCGAAGUGCUGGUCCAUGUCGAGUGGCUCUCAUUAUCAAGAGCAUCCAUGAAAUGAUACUGUCUGUGAGUGACGAUCCAAUUACCUGCCUCCAGAAGCCCGAAUAGAUCCACCAGACUGAGUGUAAAAUGCAGAAAUCGAAAUAUCAUUGGCUUAAUUAUCAAUCAAUUAAAUCAAUUUAAUAAUAAUCAAUUAAAGCGAUAUCGUGAUUAGGUGCCGUGUGAAUGGAGCUCGAAGUGGUACCCCUGUCUCUGCCUGUAUAAACUGAAAAAUCCCUGGUUCUGAUUCGGGAUCAUGUGCACGCUGUAGGAGUGAUAAAGUGGCAAGAUUUUUUUCCAUCCCGUGAGAGAAGCAGGAAUCGCUGUAAAUGAACGCCGCCAAGACGAUGGACGUGAAAGUGGAUCCGGCUGCAGAGACAGACGGCGAUCAUCCGCCUCCUCUCCAGGUGUUUGCUCUCACGUCCACGUUGCAUGGCAUCGCUCAUAUCUUCAGCAAUGAGAGAGUGACUGCCAGAUGUUGCCUGUGGCUGCUCUUCUUCCUCGGCUCCCUGGGCUUCCUGCUGUAUGUCUGCAUGGACCGAGUUCAGUUCUACCUGGAGUUUCCCUACGUCACCAAAGUGGAUGAGAUCGUGGCUCCAGCCAUGAUGUUCCCCGCCGUCACCAUCUGCAACCUCAAUGCCUUCCGCUUCAGCAAGGUCACGCGCAACGACCUCUACCACGCAGGGGAGCUGCUCGCUAUGCUCAACUCAAGAUACGAGAUCCGGGAUGUUCACCUGGUCGAGGAGAGCGUUCUGGAGGCUCUGAAGAUCAAAGCCGACUUCCAGAACUUUAAGCCGCGUCCGUUUAACAUGCUGGAGUUCUAUAACCGAACGGGCCAUGACAUCAGAGACAUGCUUCUCUCGUGCCACUUCAGGGGAAAGCCGUGUCGGCCUGAAGACUUCAAAGAGGUGUUCACGCGUUACGGGAAGUGCUACACGUUUAACUCGGGUGAGAGCGGACCGCCACUGCUCAGUGUGAAGGGCGGGAUGGGGAACGGCCUGGAGCUCAUGCUGGACAUCCAGCAAGAUGAAUAUUUACCUGUGUGGGGAGAAACAGAAGAGACAUCAUUUGAAGCAGGGAUCAAAGUUCAGGUUCACAGUCAAUCCGAGCCGCCGUUCAUCGAUCAGCUGGGUUUCGGCGUCGCUCCGGGAUUCCAGACCUUUGUGUCCUGCCAGGAGCAGCGGCUGGUGUUCCUGCCACCUCCAUGGGGGAACUGCAAGAUGAAUUCGCUGGAUUACGAUUUUUUCAGCACUUACAGCCUCAGCGCUUGUCGCAUAGAUUGCGAGACGCGCUACCUGGUGGAGAACUGCAACUGCCGCAUGGUGCACAUGCCCGGCGAUGCUCCGUACUGCAGCCCUGAGCUCUAUAAAGUAUGUGCGGACUCGGCACUCGCGUACCUGGUGGAGAGGGAUAACGAGUACUGCAUGUGCGAGACUCCAUGCAACACCACACGCUACAGCAAGGAGCUUUCAUUCGUCAAGAUCCCCAGCAAAGCCUCCACCAAAUACCUGGCCAAGAAAUACAGCAAAUCCGAGAAAUACAUUGCAGACAACAUCCUCGUUCUCGAUGUCUUUUUCGAAGCCCUGAAUUACGAGACGAUUGAGCAGAGGAAAGCCUAUGAAGUAGCAGGACUGUUGGGUGAUAUUGGAGGACAGAUGGGACUUUUCAUCGGAGCAAGCAUCCUCACCAUCCUGGAGCUCUUUGAUUAUCUGUAUGAGGUAGCGAAAUACAAGCUGUGUCGCUGCUCAGACAAGAAAGACCAGAACAACGGCAGCGAUCACGACACGGUGAUGGGGCUCAACGACGUCAAAUGUCACGUCAGCCAGUUCCAUUAGCGACAUCGAAACCAGCGCUAUGUCAUGUUAUUAUAUCAAUCCACCUAUAUAAUAAUAAGCCACAGGAUCUCCACCGCCUGAUGUUUCUCCAACCUUUGAGGCAUGUUCCAAAGUGUUUCACAGGCUUUGGGUUCGGAAAUCAGCGCUUGAAGGUUUUUUCACUGAAUCAAAAUAAUGCGACAGGAUCGGAGGCUGUGUGCUAGUCAGGUUUAUUCCUGAACGGUCCUGAUUUUAGAACAUAACGUACGAUGUAUGAUGCUAAUGCUAAUGCUUUGAUAAUAUGUUUGCCUGUGAAACUAACAAUCCUGUUCACACUAUAUCCGUUUCUUUUUUUUCCAAAAUUGUUUCCAAUUCUCUCAUUUCUCAUGUCCGAAUGUAACAUUCCAGUAGCCAUAACAACCACCAUCUCUUAAUACAUGUUAGCUAAGUUAGCUAGCUAGGUAGCUUAGUAUGCCAGUUCUUUCAAUGGUGCUUUUUUUUUUUUAUCGUACAGUAUCUUUUUGGGUUUUUUGCAGGGUUUCUACCCAUUUUGGAAAAGUGUGAAAAAAAGUGUGUAAUUUGAUGUGAGUAAUUUCUAGAUCUGGAUAAAUAUGGAUAAAAGAUCACUAAGUAUUAAAAAGUGUUUGUGUUUUCUUACUAAAAAAUCGAAUUAAAACUUUGUCAAAAACAAAGGCUACAUCUAACGCUAAUUUGGAAACUUUUGAAAACAGCGUUUUUUGUCUAAAAGAAAGGUCCACGUGCACACUUUGUUUUCGAUCGUUUCCCAAAAGUUGCUCAUCCACACUGAAACAUCUGAAAACGCUUACGUUCCUGUACGAUGGACGUAACGUAAUACGCUUCAACCUGCGUUAUUUCUGCCUGCUGUUUAGUCAGCGAUCUGCACAACUGUGAUUGGUUGUAACGUUGUGAAGCAGCAGUUGCCAUGGCAGUACAGUGCACUCGACUGUGCGACUAAACACAUGGAAAACAUCUGAGAUUCUGACUCUGACAUACAUUAGAGAUUGUAACAUAACGCAGGCUAUAAUUGAAAUUCAAAAUCAUUAUUUCAGAUGUAAAAUGUGGUUUUAAAAAUCUUAAGGCAAGUCUGCAUAUUUGAGUCUGGAAAAUUAUGAAGUUUUGAAAUGAAAAAAUAUGUAGGAACCCUGAUAUUGUUGCGUUCGAAUCAUUUCUUUAUCAAUCACGAUUAGAAACCUCUGUGACCUGUCGCCAUGGUUACAUAGUUCAAACGUAUCGUGGCUUUAGUUUCGGACUGAUUUUAUUUCAGGAAAAUAUCAGACACCUUUCAGCCAAUCAGAUCUGAGUAUUUUUUAUAGACUGUAACUUUGAUUGGAAAGCAGGAUAUGUUAAUAUGACAUCUUAAUAUGACUAAAAGAAAACACACACACACACAUACAUACACACACUUUUUGAUGAUGUCAUUAUUCUGUACCUGCUUGCACAGUGUGACGUGCGACUGGAGUCUCGGCCAGCAACUUGCAUGAAAGCUCUUGAUUUGUGUGUUUGCAAUGUUAUGUCUGUCGGAAUGUUUGUCGUAAGAGUGUGUGUGAGUGGGGGGUGUUGUGGGCACAAUGUGUGUGUGUGUCCUUGCAUGUAUGUGUGUAUUUGUGCUUGUUCUAUUCAGAUAAGCAUUUUUGAAAAGACAAGCAAGUGCAGAGGAGGUUUUUUUUUUUUUUUGUUUUUUUUUUUUUUUGCGUGAAACCCGAACUGAAAAUCUUCAUACAGGCUGCGUGUUGUGUUUAUUCUGUACGCUGGAGUUGCAUCCUUCUCUCGCUCCUUGGUGGUCCUGAUGCUUUAGGUGCAGUGUGUGUUAGGGAUGAGCGAUAUGACUGAAAAAUAAAAAUCAUAAUUAUUGAUGAAUAGACAGUUUAACAGUAUUGCUUUGUAUUGCUUUCACAUUAUACAGGUUUCAGAACUGUCCACGAAAUGAUAUGAAAAUUGUAAAAUCCCUGAAAAUUCUGUGAAUUCUGACAUGUAUGUUCCUUUUGUAUCUAUGCAACAAUAAAUCUCGGCAUCCAGACAGUUCGUAUCUCCAAACCUUCAGCUGAAAUAUUUUGCUGUGCCUCUUGUAAAACUUGCCAAAGUUGUUCUUCACUAGUUAAAGAUUACUUUCUUGUUGUCCAGUUCAUCCCAGAGCAGUUCGAUAAGAUUUAAGUGCAGUGACUGAGGAGAAUUCAUGACAGACUACACACCAGACGA